CUGAAUUCAGCCCUUAGAACGUGAAAGUAAGUCUCUCACGCUGGUGCAUUUAAACAAGAGAAGUAAUUUGUUAUGAAUAUUUCAAUGAGUAGGUACAAAUAUUGCGGAUAUAUACAUGUAUAUACCAUUCGUGCGUACAUUUGCUAUGUCUCUAAAUCGGUUAGGAACAAAGACAAACCUGAGACAAACACUGUCAACUACUAAUAAUAAUAAUCAAAACGGUAGCUAACUCGUCAAAGACAACAACAGCGAGUAAAUGGGUAUGCAGUAGGCAAAGAGUAAUAAUUUAGUGUCUAGUGUUUCUUUUAUGACCGAUACUUUCUAGUACUGAUCUAAUAUGUAACAUUGUGAACAUGCCAGUGAAUAUAUAAGGUAUAAUUCCUCUGAUUGCACUUAAAAAAUUCGGAGAUAUGGGGUUAUGAUAAUUUGUGAACGAGAGAGACUUAACACAUAACGUGGAUCAAGAAACAUUCUAAAUAUGAGAAACAGAAGCAUGUAGCGAUAAUACUGAUGUAAGAAAUAUAGGAAUUAACACAAGCAAAAUAGCCAACAGGGAUUUAAAAGUGAUGGUACCAAAAGCAUGUAGUGUGGCAUAAGGCAAGUUUGCGUCUAAUCUAUUAAAAGAACAUGACAUUAUGGAAGACGGGCUAACGACGAUUGAGGAAAAAGCAAAUAGCGAGGAUGAAGACCAUAUUUUAUUGGCUAGUUUCAAAUCAUUGGAUGUCGAGAUGAACGGGGCAGCGUCAGAUGGUUGUGCCAAAAACACUCAUGUCCAAUUAAUAUCUACUGACAUUCAAACAUGCAGCGACAAAAUUGAUAGCGCACCAGGGGCUGUAACCAACGCUAGUAGUUUUGAAGAGCAGAGUAAGUUAAGCAAAUUUCUUGUUUGCGCUGGGGCGUGUUUAUCCAUGUCGUUGACGGCGGUGUUGUUGUUCAUGUUCGGGGUUCUACUCCUGGCGUUUGUUGAUAACUUCGAUGGACAGCUUGUGAAAAUGACUUCCAUCCUAUCUCUGCACUUUGGACUCAACACCCUUUUAGGUCCUUUUUGUACAUUAUUCAUAGACCGGUUUUCUUGCCGCGCUUCGCUCGUGACUGGAGGAUUUUUGCAGUGUGUCUCAUUUUUAGGAAGCGCUUUUAUUAAAGACAUCAACGGCCUCAUGCCAGUGCUCGGUGUGAUCGGAGGCAUUGGCAGCUGCAUGUGUGGAACUCCAGUUCCCGUUGUAAUAUCGUACAGCUUUGGAAAACAUCGAGCCAAGUUUGUUACUAUUUCCCAAGUGGUAAUUGGCAUUAGCAUGUUCAUUGGAUCACCUCUCGCCUUUGCUCUGCUCGAUAUGUAUGCACUCAGAGGGACACUUCUUAUCAUGGCCGGACUCGGUGCUAAUAUUUGUGUUUUUGGGAUGCUCUGUAAGCCAAAUGAAAGGGAGAAGUCAUUACAGCGUCACGAAGAGAGAUCUUCAAGGCCAAAUGAAUUAAAAACAAAAAAGUUCCAAUCUUUGUUAGAAAUGUGCAAGAAGUUUAGCUUUAUGACCUUUUUACUAAGUACAUUUACUUGGAAUUUUGUGUUGGCUAUCAUCAUGCUUCAGUUGCCAUAUUUUAUUUCUGAAACAAAAACUCACAAAGAUAUAUCUGGCGUUAUGAUCAUAUUUUCGAUCUCAAAUCUAGCAGGACGCAUUUUAGGUGUUUUAAUAGUGUUUUUGCAAAACAUUAACCUGCAAAUACUGCACGUCAUUUCCCUAGCAGUCCUAGGAGCGUUUGUUACAGCCUUUCCUCUUUACAACCACCUUGUCAACUCAGAGUACGUGUUUGCUGCAAUGUGUGGACUAUGCACUGGGCUUCCAAAUUGUCUAAUGGUUCCAAUAUCACUUCAAUUAGCAGGCGUGUCUAGGUUGUCGGCAGCGCAUGGUUUGAUUUCAUUUGCCUGUGGUGUCGGCAUUGUGAUAGGACCACCUAUUGCAAGUAUUUGCUACAAAAGUUUUGGUACCUACAACGGAAGCUUUCUUGUUGCUGGUAUUGUGGCAUUAGCUGGUUCUGCAUUUGGAAUACUCACGUCAGUUUUUGAAACACCAAAAAAUGCAGAGGGAAAUAUACUUUGCAACUAAAUAAAUACAAGCUACUGGAAACAACGGGGACAGACCCAAAAUUUGAUCCAAGGAUAAACCUGUAAAAACUAUCAACAAGCCUAACAUUUGAUCCAAGGAUCAACCUGUAAAAAACUAUCAACAAGCCUAACAUUUGAUCCAUGGAUCAACCUGUAACGACCCUCAACAAGCCUAACAUUGGAUCCAUGGAACAACCUGUAACGACCCUCAACAAGCCCAACAUUUGAUCCGAGGAUCAACCUGUAACGACCCUCAACAAGCCCAACAUUUGAUCCGAGGAUCAACGCUAUAAAGGCAAUCAACGAGGGCCACGGAAUACGCUAAACAUUGUUUACAUUGACAUUUGAAAUUAUCGAAUUAGUUAAUAAUUAUGUAGCCAUGUUUUGUUUAAUUAAAGUAAUUAUAUUGAAUUCUCCAAUACCGUUUGUUACUUAUGUAUACGAUAUGCUUGUUCAAAGCACAGACUUUGAAAUCUGGCACUACAUUUUAUAUCCAUUUUUUCUUCUUUCUUUUAUACACGACCGUAAAAAAUAUAUAACCAUUUUAUUUCCGCCACUCGAGUCGGAAAGUCAUU